GCGUCUCGGUGGCGAGCGCCGUAGGGCUGGGGUGGGUGCGAUGGAGCGCUACGCGGCCGCGGUGGAAGAGUCGGACGCGGCCCGGCAGCAGGAACGGCAUUACCAGCUGCUGUCGGCGUUGCAGAGCCUGGUAAAGGAGCUUCCCAGCUCCUUCCAACAGCGCCUUUCUUACACCACGCUCAGCGACUUGGCCCUGACGCUGCUCGACGGUACCGUGUUUGAGAUCGUGCAGGGACUGCUGGAGAUCCAGCACCUCACCGAGAAGAGUUUGUACAACCAGCGCCUGCGGCUGCAGAACGAGCACCGAGUACUCAGGCAAGCUCUGAGGCAGAAGCAUCUGGAAGCCCAGCAGUCCUGCCGGCCCCACAACCUGCCUGUGCUCCAAGCGGCUCAGCAGCGUGAACUGAAGGCAGUUGAGCAGCGGAUCCGGGAGGAGCAGCAAGCAAUGGACCGCAAGAUCGUCCUGGAGCUGGACCGGAAGGUGGCUGACCAGCAGAGCACACUUGAAAAGGCAGGAGUGGCUGGCUUCUACAUAACCACCAACCCACAGGAGCUGAUGCUGCAAAUGCACCUGUUGGAACUCAUCCGGAAGCUGCAGCAGAGGGGCUGUCAGGCAGGGAAGGCAGCCCUGUGACCAGAUGUGGUUCCUGCUGGCCAGAAGUGCAGUCUUAUCCAGUGUUGCCAGAAAGCUGCAGGGAGUCACUGAUUCUCCAGCUGGCAGGUGUCAUCUUUUUAAAGGGAGACCAGGUGGACCUUGGCUACACCUGUCACCCAUAUUUGGGAUUUCUUUUGUCUAGAUACUAGAAUGGUGUCAUGAAAGAGGCCUUGCCUGCCUGCUAAUGGCUCCAGUACUGGGUAGUGAAUGAGACUGUUGGUUCUAGCACAUCCUACCCUCCCUUCUGCCCCAGGCUUAUUCUGGUGUCAGCUUUCUCCUGGCAGGUGCAGCUUCAGAAUGGAAGGGACUCCAAAGCCCAAGCCCUGUGUGGCCCAGAGAAAUACAUAGGCACAUUGUUCAUGUGUCUAUGCAGUCUACAACAAACAGAGCUCAUGCAGGAUCCUUUCCUAGUAGCUCUGGCCAUAUUGGAGCUAGCCAAGUGGCAGCCAACACAUAGCAGAGGCCUCAAGUAGGAGCCCCCUUUCUGUUGGGGUACCCAACCAACCUUAGCCCUCAUUCUGUCAUUGCCAUCUACACAGGACCCCUACACAGGCCCCAGAGCACAAGGACCACCCCCCCAAACUCUCUCUAUGGUAUUAGAAAGCAUGAGAGGAAACAGGAAUGCAUGCCACAGAAUUGUCAGGACCCUAUCAGAGUAGCAGGACCUUGGUGGGUCACAGGCUAUUGAAGUAAAGGCAUGAAGGGGUCAGGGGAGCAGGACCUCAGUGUCUGUGUGCUGUCUGUACUUACCAUGGUUUCUGAGUUGUAGAAUGGAAGAUGUCUGGGUGUCACUUAGGCUAGUUAGAGGUCUAUUCCUGGGUGGAUUUGCCUGAGACUAUUCCAUUUCCACGCAUGACAUCCUGCUUUCUAGAGCUGACUUCAUGUGCAGGCACCAGGAGAGAGGUGAAGGCUCUCAGUUGCAGAAUGAUGAUUUAUUGAACAGGCAGACAUCCUAUCCAGAACUCUGCCCAUUAGCAGUCCUUGACAGAACCCCAACAGAAGGCCAUACUUCUGGACCAGGACCAUGGGGGCUGCAGAGGUGGACGAAAAUCAUUCAUUGGAAGGCCUAUUAGACAGUUCCCAGAGGCCCUGCCUGAGUGCCUGCUCCUGUGGGGGGAGGGGGAUCCCAGAGGGUGGCCCUCCAGCUCCACCCAAAUCCCUACCCAGUGUGAGGCCCUAAGAAGUAUCAGGUUGAGUGACAUAGGCCUGGGUGAGGGCUUGGCAUUGGACACUAGGCUGGGUGGUGUAAGAGGCAGCCAGUACGUAGCCGCCGCCACAACUCCUGCCACAGCAGCUGCCGCUCACGCUGAGCACCCUUCACGACACCGCUGUUCUCCAGGGCACGGCGGGACAAGUAGGGCAGCACCUCCAUCACAGGCCCAUAGGGCAUGUACUUGUACACGGGAAAGCCUGCCUGGCCUGCACACACACGGGAGUAGCUGUAAGUGCCCACAUGCACCAAGGGACCCUACCACCACCCUGCCCAGGAAAACCCAGUUCACCCAGUGGGAAGCUAAUUUGGUCACACAUGCCCAGCAGCUGUCCGAAGCACACCUGGCCAUCAGCAGGAUGCAGGCCUAGCUCCUCCAUCCUGUGAAUGGGGAUCCAGGCAGGUGAAGGCCAGGCCCAGGGGGUACAAGGCCCCUAUAAAGCUACAAGCCCCUUGUUCUCACCACUGCCCCCCGCCCCCCGCUGAACCUCUACAUUUUAACCUCUGUACCCUGCAGCAUGAGACUGUUUCACCCCAACCAGGUCUUUCUAUUAGGAUUUCACUGAGCUGCCCCCAAACACCUUGGCUCACAUAGCAAGGCUCUCCUUUUCCCUCCAGGAAUCCCUAUAGCCCUUUGGGAAUUGAUUCUGGUGACUGGUACCCAGCCCCUGCCUCAUCCUCCCCUUUCUGACUGUUCCUUCAUACAGUGUGCAUACAGCCUGCUUUACAACAUGCUGGUUUGAGUAGAAA